AUGGCGGAGAAAGGUGAGACUUACAAUUUUUCAAUGGCAGAUGGAAUUGAAGAGCGCAGAUCCCACUGGACUUGUUAUAUCUGCAAAAGAAAGGCACCUCUACAUUCCCUCGAUUCCCUUGAGUCUCAGGAAAAGUCUAAGAAGACUGAAAUAUUUGUUGAUGGUAAUUACAGGAUUUAUUUGCGGUGUCCAUAUUGUAAAGACUGCUUCCAUGCACAGUGUGCUUUCUACGAGCUGGAACUGAUUCUAACUAAGGAAUUAUCAGACACUAUAUGUGAGAAGUGUGCAACAAAGCAAGGUAUUAGAAUGUCUACAGAUUUGAGAACUCUCGUCUUGACGAACAGCGACGGAAGUGAAAGGAGGAUACAAUGUCAGAGAGAAGUUUGCAACAUGUUACUCUCAAAGGAAACAGAUCCAUCGGUCAAAAGCUUGGUUAUACAGAGCCUUUUAAAUCAAGUAACAUCAUGUUCACUAUCCAGCCCUAAGGGGUCAGAUGACCAGCAUUCAACAUCAUCUGACACUUCACCACCAUCGUCAUUCACUUCAGCACCAUCAGAGGCACUAUCAGAGGCAUCGUCUAGAUCUGAAUCCCCUAUUACAUGUAGUGAAAAUAGCUCCAGCACAUACAUUUGGAAGGCAGAAGAAGAAGAUAUAUUGGUAAAUCUGAGGCAUGAUAAGAAUGACAAGUUUUUAAAAUGCAAAAACCAUACUGCCUUGUGGAAAGACAUUAGUGCUCAACUUAAUGAAACACUACAGUGCACUGUUUCCCCAAAUCAAGCAAUGAACAAGUAUUAUAGUAUGAAAAAACGCUGGAAAGAAAUUAUUGAUGCACCAACUGGAACUGAAAGGAAACAUUUUAGGCAAAAAGAACAGUUUGAUGAAAUGUAUGGUACUAAAGAAAGCACAAAACCAACGGUCACAUUAGACACAUUGGAAAAGAAAGCGGAGACACAAGGGCCGAAAGAAAACAAGUCUACAGAGCAACCCAGAAGGAAGAAAAGUACAGUAAAAAGGCGUUCAGACGUAAUGGAAGUAUUAGAGAGGCAUAACAAGGAAUUCAAUGAGAAAAUGGAACAGAUGCACACGGAUAAAAUGGCAAGACUAGACAGACUUUUAAAUCUCUAUGAAAGAGAAAUUGAAACAAGGCAAAGCUGCAAUAAGUAAAUGUUGAUUUUUUUCGAUAUCAUUUUCAUUUGUGCA